AUGAAUCAUCGACAGAAACAGAGUCCCAUAACCAACUUUGCCGUUCUCUUCACCAUCAUCUCCGCCGUCUGUUUUUUCUCCCGCGGGGUCUCUGCUUUGGGAGUAAACUGGGGAACAAUGGCGACUCAUCAGUUACCGCCGAAGACGGUGGUGGAGAUGCUGAAAGACAACAACAUAAAGAAAGUGAAGCUGUUCGAUGCCGACACAAACACGAUGGGAGCUCUCGCCGGCUCCGGCGUCGAAGUUAUGGUGGCGAUCCCUAAUGAUCUGCUCCAAGCUAUGGGAACAUAUCAAAGAGCUAAAGAUUGGGUCCAAAGAAACGUCUCUAGAUUCAACUUCAACGAUGGCGUUAAGAUCAAAUAUGUUGCCGUAGGGAACGAGCCAUUCUUGACAUCAUACAACGGAUCAUUCAUAAACCUAACGUAUCCAGCACUCGUCAACAUCCAAACCGCUUUAAACGACGCCGGAGUCGGAGAUUUCAUCAAAGCCACCGUUCCUUUAAACGCCGACGUUUACAAUUCUCCGCCGGACAACCAGGUCCCAUCCGCCGGAAGAUUCCGUGACGACAUUCUCCAAGAAAUGACACUCAUUGUCAACUUCCUCGCACAGAACAAAGCUCCUUUCACCGUCAACAUUUACCCUUUCUUAAGUCUCUACUUGAGCACCGACUUCCCUUUCGACUACGCCUUUUUCGACGGCCAGAACGCCGUCAACGAUAACGGCGUUAUAUACACAAACGUCUUCGACGCUAGCUUUGACACGCUUGUAGCUUCUUUAAACGCUUUGAAUCACGGCGACAUGGAAGUGAUCGUUGGAGAAGUCGGUUGGCCCACGGAUGGAGACAAGAACGCAAACGUUCAAAACGCGGAACGGUUUUACUCCGGUUUGCUCCCUCGGUUAGCCAACAACGUUGGGACCCCAAUGCGUAAAAGUUACAUUGAGGUUUAUCUUUUCGGAUUUAUCGACGAAGAUGCGAAAAGCGUUGCACCGGGGAACUUCGAACGUCAUUGGGGGAUAUUCAAAUACGACGGCCAACCGAAAUUUCCAGUGGAUUUUCGAGGACAAGGUCAGAAAAUGUUCUUAACCGGGGCACAAAACGUUCAGUACUUGCUAAACCAGUGGUGUAUGUUCAACCCUAACGGUCGUGGUAAUAUCAGUAAGCUUGGAGAUAACAUAGACUACGCGUGUUCGCUCUCGGACUGUACGGCUUUGGGUUACGGAUCGUCUUGUGGGAAUCUUGAUGCGAAUGGGAAUGCGUCUUACGCGUUUAACAUGUAUUUCCAAGUGCAAAACCAAGAAGCUCAAGCGUGUGAUUUUGAUGGGCUUGCGACGAUCACUAGGCAGAAUAUUUCUCAAGGACAGUGUAAUUUCCCGAUUCAGAUCGGUGAGCCAUCGUCUGGUCAUUAUGAUCAGAGCUUUGGUUCGAUGGUUAGGUUGGGUUUGGUGAUGACUGGCUUGGUGUUUUUGUACAUGACACAGUGA